AUGGCGAACUGUGCGGUUUACGUGCUGUGUCUGCUUUUUGCAGUCACUUAUGUACAGGCCGACUCCUGGGAGACGCUGUUGCUGGGUAACCUGACGGCGGACCAUGAGCCCGAGGCCCGCCCGGUGCUGAACCACUCCCAUCCCGUCUCCGUCACCAUAGACGUGGCGCUGGCACAGAUCAUCUCUGUGGACUCAAGAAAUCAGCAGCUUCUAACAAGCUUGUGGAUUCGAAUGUACUGGACAGAUGAGUUGAUGAGGUGGACGCCGUCAGACUGGGGCGGGACGUCUGCCAUCAGAGUCAGCAGUGAGAAGAUAUGGCGGCCUGAUAUACUGGUGUACAACAGCCUGCUGCCCUACGGCAGUAACUUCGAGGACUCGGAGGCGACGAUCUACUCAGACGGGAGCGUGGCCUGGCUGUUCCCGCUCACCAUGCUGUCCACCUGCUCCAUUGACGUGUCCUACUUCCCGUACGACGAACAGACAUGCAACCUGCAGUUCGGCUCCUGGUCGUUUGACGGCCUUAGAGUCGACAUAACAAACAAGUCAGCUACUGGAGACACCGGCAGCUACAAGGUCAACGAGGAAUGGGAGCUGAUCAGCUUCAAUGCCCGUCGCGCGGUGUUCCUGUACGACUGCUGCCCGGAGCCGUACCCUAGCGUCACGUACAGCGCCUUCCUCAGGAGGAGGUCUCUCUUCUACAACGUCAACGUCAUCGCGCCGUGUUUCCUCUUCGUACUGGUCAGCUUGUUCGGCUUCUGGGUGCCGGCUGCGUGCGGUGAGAAACUGUCCCUGGGUGUGACGGUGUUACUGGCGCUGGUGGUGUUCAUGCAGGUGGUGAACCAGAGUCUCCCCAUCACCUCCCGAUCCGUGCCGUAUGUCGGCCAGUUUUUCGGCGCCACCAUCGUGAUCGUCGCCAUCUCCGUGUCCUUCUCGGCGUUCGGAAUCAUGUUCCACUUCCACGAGCUGAACCUGAAGAAACCGCCGCCGUGGCUCAAGACCAUUCUCUUUGUGCCGGGGUACAGAAUAUGGCAGCGCUGUUGUUCCAAUAAGAAGAGUGUGGACAUCAAGGAGGAAAGACCGGACUCGGUGGAGUCGGAUAUCGCAGUGGAGAACUUUGACGAGCUGACAGCGGACCGAAAAUCCUUCAUGGCCGGUCACGUGAUGACUCACAUGUCCAAGAUUGACAAGAACUUGCAGGCCAUUAAGGACACAGCUGAUGAGAACCAGGCUCAGGAGAGUCUUCAGGAGGAGUGGAGGUUCCUGUCCGCCCAGCUGGACAGGGUGCUGAUGGUGUCCAUCCUGCUGGUGUACCUCAUUGUGUCCGCCUCCAUGUUCCUGUCCCUGCCGCCAGGGCUGCUGCGUUAGGCGCCGGGAUGGUUGGGCUAGGCACAGGGACUGUUGGGUUAGGCUAGGCGCCUGGACAGUUGAGUUAGACGCGGGGACUGUUAUAUUGCUGUGUUAGGC